CUCCCUUUCAAGUCCUUUUAGUGAGGAUUGUCGUUAAGCGACGACUCCACAAGGCGCCAUGUCUAUGAAAACUCGGAGAAAAACCAAGGCACUCGCUAGUGCAUCUGAAGAUGCUGCGCCUAGCUCUCCAGUGGACGACACGAGCCUAAGCGUUGCCAUUCCCGGUGACCUCGACGUUGACGCUCUUUCAACGUUAAUUCCCAAUGCAACUCUCGCCUACCCUUCGUCAGAUACUAUACUUGCCUUGUAUCGUCUUGCACUGUCUCAAGCAGCAGAUUUGGAUGCCACCCAGCGAACAGUCGAUGAAUUACGCGCUGAAGCUGAGAAGACAGACGUCGAACUUGAUCAGGCGCUACAGGACAAGGAAUCACUCUCUAGGGAUUUAGAGUCUCAAUUGGAGGCCACACAGACAGAGCUGAAAGAUCUGAGUCAAGAGAGAGACCAGCUUGUUUCUUCUCAAGCCGAGUUGAAAGCCGAGAUAUCACGGCUUUCCACUACUCAGUCUACGUCUUCUACCGAGCUUGAAGAUGUGCGGCGAUGUUUGGAAGAUAGCGAACGUGAAAAACGCGAUGUCAUGGCUGUAGUCAGUCGGUUGAAACAGGAUGAAACUCAACGUGAAGAGGAAAUUCAAACCCUACGGAAGCAUCUCAAGGAUGCUCGCCAGGAGCACCAGACAUUGGAGAAUCAAGUCCGAGAGCUACGAUCUACGGAGACUUCCACAAAGUUCAAGCUUGACUCUCUUACCCAGCAACUUGAACUUUCUCACUCUGAAGUCGAGCGUAUCAACUCCGAGCUCACUGUCAAGUCUGACGAUUUUACCAAGUAUCGACGUGCCAAACAAGCCGAAGUGGUCACUCUUCAGGCAAACCUUGACGCAGUCUCUCAGAACAACGAGUUGACACAGUCUUCUCUCAAGGCGCUCCAAUCUUCUCACACGUCUCAAACGCAUCAGCUCACCCAGGCCUUGACUAAGGUACAAGACCUUACCGGACAGCUAGCUGAGCAGGAGGCCACUUUUACCCAGGAGACUACCUCGUUGAGACGCUUGGUCGUGAUGCUGGAAGAGAGAGAGAAAGAAGCUAAAGACUUCGUGGCAUCAAUAGAAAAGGAAUGGGAUGCUGUCGGAGAGAAGGCCGACAGACGAGAGAGUGCUUUGCGAGGUGAGGUGGAAAGGGAAAGGAAGGGCAGAGAAGAUGCAGAAAAGAAAGUAGAGCGGUUGGAAACCGUUAUCGAGAGAAUGGGCAGAGGAGAGUUACCGGUUCCAAGCCGUACUCCAGGAACUCCAGAGGAUUAUGCGAAGAAGUCGGCGGAGUAUGAUCACAUGGACCGUACAUUGACCGAAGUACUUGCACAGAUCGAAGAGAGGGCCCCCAUUCUUUCCCAACAGCGCAUAGAAUACGAACGUCUGCAGACCGAAGCGGCUCAACUUGCAUCUCAGCUUGCACAAGCACUCUCCGACCGUGACGUUCAGGUCAUUCUUGUACAAGAGAACUCACAGAAACUGGGCAAGAGUCAACGCGAAAAUGCACUUCUUGAAAAGCAGCGCGAUGAUCUCGGCCGACAGGUUCAGAAUCUACUUCGUGAAAUCGGACGUCGAGAUGACCCUACUCUCCCUGCUGAAGAAGAUCUUGCUCUUGUUCAGCAGGAAUCUGAUGUUGACGUCUUGAUCACCAACAAUCUAGUCUUGUUCAAGUCUAUUAAUGGACUCCAGGAGCAGAACCAGAAGCUCCUUGCUAUCACCAGAGAGUUGGCAAAGAAGCUGGAAGAUGAGGAGAAGGAGUAUAGGGCGCAGAUGGAGCAAGAACAAAAUGAAGCCGUUCGGGAAGCUCACGCUAUCAUUAAGCACCUCGAAGAAAAGAUGGAGAAUGAGAAGAGGAGCAGCGACAAACGGUUGCAAGCAUAUGUCAAGGAACGGGACACGCUCGCGGCGCUCCUAGCACGUUCUGAUAAAGGAGCCGGUGCCAAUGGACGUAUCAAUGGCAACGCUGGUACGAUGGAGCCUCCUUCCGAUGUGGCGCGAGAAUUGGCAGAAAUUCAGAGCCAGUUCGAGGCGUAUCGUACAGAAAUGGGCAUCGACUCUGUCAAGCUCCGUGAAGAGCUUUCUCUUGCUCAGAAGGAGGUCGGAAAAUUACAGGCCGCGCUUGCCAAAGAGAAAGCACGAGGCGAGUACUAUAACGAGAGGAACCAGAUCAAUCAAGAACAAUAUAGCAUGCAUGCUCGAGAACUCGAUGACCUUGGCAAGCGGAACCAGCAGUUGUUCGAUCAAUGGACUCGAGUCGACAUUGAAUGCGGUCGUGUGACGGAAGACCUUCGACUGGCUAACAGCCGAAUUGAACAACUUCGCAAUGAAUGUGCAAAUCUACGUGCUGAGAAAAAGAUUUGGGAUGACGUACAACACCGACUCGUCGAGGAAAACAAGACCUUGAGUUUGGAGCGCUCUCACCUCAAUGACUUGAUGAGCAGUGUCCAGAGAAUGCACAACGAUCUUGAACGAUCCGGUGAGAAUGACCGUCGCCGUUUGGAAAGCCAGCUGCAACUCUUGGAAGCACAAAUGCAAGAUUCGCGGGCCCAAUUGACCGAAGAACGAGAUAAUGUCCGAAACCUCACACUGCAAAAGGAUAUCGAACUCAAGGAACUUCAAUCUAGACUUGACAAGAAUGUCGAAGAACUCUCCAAGACCCGGGAAGCUCUCGUUGGUGCCGAAACCAGCAAGAAGCACCUCGAGGACCGUAUUGAAGACUUGACUAGACACGUUCAAGGCAGCGAGGAAAAACUUGCGGUAUACGAGCGGCGCUCUGGUACUCUUGGUGUUUCUCGUAGCACUCAAGAUAUGAGCAAGGAACAACAACUUGAAGCGGAGGUCGCGGAACUUCGGGCCGAGUUAAAGAUUGCCAAGGUGGAUCUCCAAGCAGCCAGAGAACAACGCCAACAAUUCGAAUCAAUUAGUCAGGCUGCUGAGGCCGCACUCGAGAGCUUGCAGUCUACUCACGAACAGUACAGGACUUCAAUGGAAACUCAGUUCACGAGACUUGAAUCGGAAAACAAGGCCUUCGAAGAGAAGCUAGAGGCAGCUCAGCAAGACGUCGUACGUGCUACAGCUCAAUUGAACGAACUUCAGAAGACAUUCAAAGUCGAACGUACUGCUUGGACGAACGACAAGAAGACUCUAGAAGAGACCAUCAUUGAUUUGAGCACUUCUGAGAAGCACUCCGAGAGCGAUCGUACAAGUCGCGAGCAGCAAGUUCGUUUGCAAGAAGAACGUGCCAAGGCUGCUGAGGAGCGCUAUUCGAAUGAGCUGGUUGCACAUGCCGAAUCGAGGAAGGCUAUUGAAGCACUGAAUGCACAACUGGCCGGUUCCCAAGCGGCGGCCCGUGACAGUCAAAUUGCAGCUGACACAGCGACUGCUAAGCUGGCUGCCUCAGAGGGAAGCUGGAAGAAGCAGAAGGAGACUUUGGAUGCUGAGCUUGCAGAAGUAAGACCCAUCAAGCGCUUGCUGAGCAAAACAAGCUUUUACAUGGACACUUGGAAGAUGUCAGCAGCCAAGCAGCACGUAUCAAGCAAGCAGCGACUUCUUCCGACGCUCCUGCUGGCGAAGGUGAAGGGGUCAUUGGAGACGAUGCUAAGUUAUCAGAACUGCGAUCCCUCGUUGGCUAUUUGCGCAAGGAUAAGAGCAUUUCUGAGCUCCAGCUCGACCUUUGUAAGCAGGAGAAUCUGCGUUUAUCGAAGCAGGUUGGGCACCUGACGGAGACUUUGAAUGAGACACGGGCCACACUUUCGGAGGAACGCGAACGAGCUGUGCAGACCGCGGCAUCUGCAUCCCAACAUGCUGAACUUUUGGAGCGGAUCAACCAGCUUAACCUCCUUCGAGAAAGCAACUCUACUCUUCGUGCGGAGAGUGAACGCCAUGCCAAACGUGUUAAACAGCUGGAUGUCCAGCUAAAGGAAUUAUCA